ACCGGGACCCGCGCCUGUACAGCGGCGGCGACAUGGCACCAGCUGGAAGCACUCGAGCCAAGAAGGGCAUCUUGGAGCGUCUGGACAGCGGGGAGGUGGUGGUUGGGGACAGCGGCUUUCUCUUCACUCUGGAAAAGAGAGGCUUCGUGAAGGCGGGGCUUUGGACUCCAGAAGCAGUGGUAGAACAUCCAAGUGCAGUUCGUCAACUUCACACAGAAUUCUUGAGAGCGGGAGCUGAUGUCUUGCAGACAUUCACCUUUUCUGCUACUGAAGACAAUAUGGCCAGCAAGUGGGAAGCUGUGAAUGCAGCUGCCUGUGACCUGGCCCAGGAGGUGGCUGGUGGAGGGGGUGCUUUGGUGGCAGGGGGCAUCUGCCAGACAUCACUCUACAAGUACCACAAGGAUGAAACUAGAAUUAAAAACAUUUUUCGACUACAGCUAGAAGUUUUUGCCAGGAAAAAUGUGGACUUCUUGAUUGCAGAGUAUUUUGAGCAUGUGGAAGAAGCUGUAUGGGCUGUCGAAGUCUUGAGAGAGGUGGGGGCACCUGUGGCUGUGACCAUGUGCAUCGGCCCAGAGGGGGACAUGCACGACGUGACACCUGGAGAGUGUGCGGUGAAGCUGGCGCGUGCAGGGGCGGACAUCAUUGGGGUCAACUGCCGGUUUGGGCCCUGGACUAGCUUGCAGACCAUGAAGCUCAUGAAAGAGGGCCUCAGAGAUGCCAGCCUGCAGGCUCACCUUAUGGUCCAGUGCUUGGGCUUCCACACACCGGACUGUGGCAAGGGAGGGUUUGUGGACCUCCCAGAGUAUCCCUUUGGCCUGGAGCCAAGAGUUGCCACCAGAUGGGAUAUUCAAAAAUACGCCAGAGAGGCCUACAACCUGGGGAUCAGGUACAUUGGCGGCUGCUGCGGAUUUGAGCCCUACCACAUCAGGGCGAUUGCAGAGGAACUGGCCCCAGAAAGGGGAUUUUUGCCACCGGCUUCAGAGAAACAUGGCAGCUGGGGAAGUGGUCUGAACAUGCACACCAAACCCUGGAUCAGAGCAAGGGCUAGACGAGAAUACUGGGAGAAUCUGCUGCCAGCCUCAGGAAGACCUUUCUGUCCUUCCCUAUCAAAGCCAGAUGCAUAAGAAGCAAUGAAAGAGAACUCUGAAGUGACAAGACAGGAGGAAUUAGCCACAAGCCCCACCUGGAACCUUUCUUGCUGCUGUCUUCAGCCUACCCUGCUCUUCUGGCUGCUGAGCAUCUAUGAGUGGUAUCCCUUCAGUUGUAGUGACAUGUCACUCCUGAGCAUGCUCAUCAGAUGCAGUGGAGAUGCAGAGGCACCUGGACCCCACCCCACGCCCCGCUCACUCUCUGCCGAGUAAUGCCACGGGCCUCCAUUUGAAGGUCAUUGGGCAUGGCCAGAGUUGGCUCUCAGGGUGGAUUUGACAUUCUCAAAUAAUCCCAAGUCAGCAAGAAGCAACCUUGGUGAAUAAUUCUGGUGUUGAAGCUAGGUCUUGAGCUACAGUCUCAGGAGAAGAGAGGCCAAAGCUGUUGUGAGUGAUGGCAAGGCUAUUGAACAGUCAUGAUGCUUGGCUUUCCAGGAUGACUUCUCGCUUUAAAGUCCUGGAAUUUGUAAGUGCAUCUUUAUAGCCAUGCAUGGCUAGAUUAUAAACUACUGAUGGCCAAGGACCGUAUAAUAUGCUUCUUACAUUCCUCUCUGCUUAGCUUUAUGCCAAACUUAAUCACCAAUGCUCAGGGAAACACUUGCUGAUUAAAGCAAAACACAUGAACCUUGCAAGGCCGUUUUAGAACUCAGAGAGCAAGUUCAUCUUGUUCUAGCACUUUCUAUGUUCAUGUUUGUUUUGUACACUGUGCCCCACUUUUCUGUUUUUCACUUCAGUGUAGCAGUGUGUAACAAUGAGUAAGAUUAAAGAUAAUUUUUCUUUUCAAAAAUUUGAGUAGCUUGAAUGGCAUCAAUUUCUUUGGGACAAUGAUAGCAAAUGUGUGUUGCUUGUCAUGUUUUAGCUUUUAUGUUUAUCAUGUUGUUGUAUCAGACUACUUCAAACUCCCCUCUUUAAGUACUUCCUAGAAUAUAAAUGUGGGAAGCCGCC